UGUUUGAACGUUUGUUUGAUGUUUGUAGUGUUGACAAUUUUGAUGUGAUGUUGUUUGUUUGACAAUGUUUGAAUAUUUGUGUUGAUAAUGUUUGAUGUUGUUUGUUUGAUAAUGUUUGAUAAAUGUAAAUGUUUGUUUGAUGACAAUGUUUGUUGAUGUUGUUUGACAAUGUUGAUGUUUCGAUGUUGAUAAUGAAUGUUUGAUGUUUUUGUUUAAUGUUUUUGACUGUAUACAAUGUUCCCCGCCAAAACCACCUUCACGUCGAGACAUCCUCACCCUUACAAGAAAGUCUCUCUUCUUUUACCAUACACUUUCUCACUCACUUUUAGUUAAAACUAAGGGAGUACUUUAAUUUAAAUAAACGGGGCUUUAAAAUUGCAAAAGCUCCGAAAAAUGUGAAGGUAAUCGAAAACAAAUAAAAAAAUAAUUUUUUUUUCUUGGCCUCGCUCCAAUCGAUUUUUGGUCAAUAAAAAUAUUUGUCAUUUUUCCAUUUAUUUUGCCUCAUUUUUCAUUUUAUCUCGGUUUUUUCUUUGCUUUUUCUUCUUGUAUUUUUUGAAUCAUUCUUCCUCUUUUCUUUAAAUAAAAAUUAAAAAGAAGCCGAUAUUUUUACUAAUUUUUAAAGUUUAAAAACAAAAAAAGUUAUGGCCUACGCAACAAAAUAUUAUGAUUAUCAGGUGGCAAUAAUAUUUCUAAUCCUUCUGGCUGGUAUGGCACUGCUAGCACUUGUUGUUGGUGCAAUAUAUUUUAUUUGUGUUGUUAAUGUAAGUUUCGUACUUUGCUGGAAAAAAUUUUCGUUCUCUUAUUCAGAGUUUUUUCUUUUCACUUCUAGCUAG